CACGCCCAUGUUUACAGAACGGCAGGAAUUCUCUCGGGGUGGAGGUGGGGGAUCUCCUAUCUUAGUUCAGUCACUGAGCACUUUGGUUGGAACAGCUCUCUCCGGUUGGUGAUCAGGUUGUUGCUCAGGUGCCGGUAAACCAGCGGUGGUUUUGUGAACAUUGAUGUGAAAAGCCUCACUCGUCCAGCGUAUUUUGUAUGUGUGAGUUUGUCCAGGGCUUCGCAGUCAGUCACUGCUGCAGGGAGCGGGAGGAGCAGUGAAGAGCAGCUUUAUACAAGAUCUGGAGAGGCAGAAGACCGAGGGACGGGGUAUUGAAGAAGAUGGCCUCUUCACCCAGCGAGUACGGGGGUUCUUCCUGGGAGCUGAAGGUCUUGGUGGACCAACCGGAUGGAGAGCUACCCCUGGAGUUCACUCUAAGAGUAACAGGAGACUUUCACAUUGGAGGAGUCAUGUUAAAAUUAGUUGAACAAAUCCAGAUGGCCCAGGACUGGUCUGACCACGCUCUUUGGUGGGAACAGAAACAUUGUUGGCUUCUAAAAACCCACUGGACUCUGGACAAAUGCGGGGUGCAGGCGGACGCCAGGCUGUCCUUCACCCCACAACACAAACCCUUAAAACUCCAGCUACCUAACAUGAGGACGGUGAGGUUAAAGGUCAGCUUCUCUGCUGUGGUCUUCAGGGUCGUCAUCGACAUCUGCAAGACACUGAAUAUCCGACGGUCAGAGGAACUCUCUCUGCUGAGACCACCAGACGAGAGCUUCAAAAAGAAGAAGAGAAAAGAAAAGGCAAAGGAUUCCGUCAGUGAGGAUAUUCUAGACUUGGAGCAGUUACCAGUGUCUCCGGGAUCAUUAGCGAGUCCUGGUCUGUACAGCAAGACAAUGACUCCUCUAUUUGACCCCGUGAAUGGCACGCCUCUCUCCUCCACAGUCACCUGGUUCAGCGAUAGUCCUCUGGCUGACCACAACUGCAGCGUCCUGGCCAUCAGCCAGCCAGAUCUCACCCCCGACAUCCUGGCCAGAAUGUACCGUCCGCAGAGCCACCUAGACAAGGCCAAGGUAAACGCAGGGUGGUUGGAUUCCUCCCGUUCACUGAUGGAGCAAGGCUUCCAGGAGAACGAGCAGCUGCUCCUGAGAUAUAAAUAUUACAGCUUCUUUGAUCUCAACCCAAAGUAUGACGCUGUGAGGAUUAACCAGCUGUAUGAGCAGGCUCGCUGGGCCAUCCUCCUGGAGGAGAUCGACUGCACGGAGGAGGAGAUGCUGAUGUUCGCGGGUUUACAGUACCAUGUUAGCAGCCUAUCGCUUUGCUGGGAGCCGCGGGAGAGCCGGUGUGAGCAAGACGUGGACGAGGUGGAGGCAGCGCUCGCCAGCCUGGAGGUGACCCUGCAGGGCGGAUCCACAGAUAAUGCUUUGGCGGACAUCACAGAUAUCCCAAAGUUGGCAGAUUAUCUUAAAAUCUUCCGGCCCAAGAAACUGACACUGAGACCGUACAAACAGUACUACGUCACCUUCAGAGAUGUCUCCAUAUCUUACUACAAGAAUAAGGAGGUUUCUCAGGAUCAACCAAUAGAACAGAUAAACCUCAGGGGGUGUGAAGUUGUACCAGACGUGAAUGUGACGGGGCAGAAAUUUGGGAUCAAAUUGUUGGUUCCUGUGAGUGAUGGCAUGAAUGAAGUGCACCUGAAAUGUCACAACGAGAGCCAGUACGCACAGUGGAUGGCAGCCUGUAAGUUGGCCUCCAAGGGGAAGACCAUGGCUGAUAGCUCCUUCCUGACCGAGGUCCACAACAUACAGACCUUCCUCAAGAUGAAAAACGUCAACGGCUUAGCUCAAGCUGUCCCUGACACGGUCACCAUGGACAUCAGCCCCGAAUCCCUGGUCUCCCCCCGAUACCUGAAAAAGUUCAAAAAUAAGCAGUUGGUCACGCGUGUGCUGGAGGCCCGUGUUAAUGUUGCUCACAUGUCGCUGGUGGAGGCGAAGCUGCAGUUUAUUCAGGCCUGGCAGUCGCUGCCUGCCUUCGGCAUCUCCUACUUUGUGGCCAGGUUCAGAGGAAGUAAGAAGGACGACCUGCUGGGCGUUUCCUAUAACCGUCUGAUCAGAAUAGACAUGGCAACAGGGGACCCGCUCAUUACCUGGCGAUACAGUAAUAUAAAGCAGUGGAACGUCAACUGGGAGAUCAGGCAGGUUGCAAUUGAGUUUGAUCAGAGUGUUGCCGUGGCACUCACCUGUCUGAACGCAGACUGUAAGAUCAUCCACGAGUACAUCGGAGGCUACAUCUUUCUGUCCACUCGCUCCAAGGACCAGAAUGAGACCCUGGACGAAGAUUUGUUUCACAAACUGACCGGGGGGCAAGAUUAGCAUCAGAGACUGCCACACCAACAGAUCCCUCGCUCCACAUGCAUCACGUCAAAUCAACACAGUUACACAGCUUGGCACCUAACUGACCAUUCCACACCGGCCUGGGAGCAACAAGUACCCACAGGGUGUCCACAAAAUCUUGUUACCCCGUUACAAAACAGUGAUAUGAGACUAUGGAAGAGCUGAAACAAGUUGUCAGAGAUGCAUUUAGCCUCGUCAUUCCAUCAUGUUACAGAAG